CGACCCUUCAGCCAGCGGCCGUUUGAAUAGCAACCAGACUACCCUGAAUAAUUCAGAUCUUCGGCCCACAAAAACGAUCUGGGCCACCGGCUCACAACCGGCAGAUGGCGGCGCCAAAGAUGACCAAGAACCAGAUGCGCCGGGCCAAGAAGAAGGAACAGAAGAAGGCCCAGGCUGAGCAAAACGGAUCCAAGGAACCAGAGGUCAAGGCCGAAGAACCGAGCAAGGAAGAGACACCCGUAGACGAGGAGAGCAAACCCUCCGAUCUCGAGGUCAAGAAAGACCCAGACGCAUCUGACAAGAUUGAUGCCGACGGCCCCAUCGAUAACCUACUUGUUGAGGAAGAUCCUGCGUUCGCGGAAUACAAAAGCAUCUUCGAGAAGUUUGGCAUGAGCCUGGAGGAUGGCGAGACUACGAGAGAAACCAACGCGGGCAAGAAAGGCGAAGUUUUCUUUGACCAAGACGACGAGAUUCCCAGCGAGGACGAAGAGGCGCAGCCAAAGCUGUCUAAGAAGAAACGGAAGAAGCUGAACAAGCUAUCGAUUGCCGAGCUCAAGGCCUUGGUGCGGAAUCCCGAGGUCGUCGAAUGGCACGAUGUGUCGUCUUCAGAUCCUCGCCUUCUGGUUCAGAUCAAGGCCCAGCGCAACAUCGUCCCUGUGCCGGGUCAUUGGUCUCUGAAGCGUGAAUACCUCUCCAGCAAAAGGGGUAUCGAGAAGCCGCCCUUCAAGCUGCCGAAGUUCAUCGCCGACACCGGCAUCACCGAGAUGCGCGAUGCCAUCCUCGAAAAACAGGCCGAACAGACACUCAAGCAGAAACAGCGCGAGAGGGUGCAACCUAAAAUGGGCAAGCUCGACAUCGACUACCAGAAGCUCUAUGACGCCUUCUUCCGACAUCAAACAAAGCCUGACCUGACACGGUUCGGCGACGUGUACUACGAAGGCAAAGAGUGGGAGGCAGACUACAAGGUGUUCAAACCCGGCGAGAUCAGCGACGCAUUGCGAGAAGCGCUCGGCAUGCAGCCUGGCUUCCCGCCCCCCUGGCUGCUCCAACAACAGCGCGUUGGCCCUCCUCCAUCCUACCCGACCCUCAAGAUCCCUGGCCUGAACGCGCCCCUGCCCCCGGGAGCAGCAUGGGGCUUCCAGCCCGGGCAAUGGGGCAAGCCUCCACUCGACGAAUACAACCGGCCCCUCUACGGCGGCGACAUCUUCGGCAUCAUGGCCCCCGGCCAGCCGGGCGCCGCCGCGCCCUACCAACAACCCCAAAUUGUUACAGCUGCCGGACUCAGCGAGCCCAUCGAUCGCACCCUCUGGGGCGAACUCCAACCGCCCGCCGAGGAAUCCGAAGAAGAAGAAUCUGAAGAGGAGGAGGAAGAGGAGGAAGGCUCGGAAGCAGGCGACAUCCCACCCGGCGGCACCGAGACAGUCAGCGGGCUCGAGACCCCCGGCGGGUACACCACCGGGUUGCACACCGACAUGCAUGCGCCGGCGGGCGUCGAGACGAGCAUGGCGGGCGAGUUCGACCUGCGCAAGACGCGCCGCGGCGGCUUUGAGACGGAAGAAUCCUCGUACGGCGGGCCGCGCCAGGCCUACACCGUCAUCCCGGAGCGCCACGGCCGCGCCGAAGGCUUCUUUGGCAGCGACAAGACGUACGACUUGUCCAAGAAGCCACCCUCAGGCCCCCCGCCUGCCGUGCCGGUGCUGGGGCAGGACGAGGACGCGUCGCGCAAGCGCAAGAAGCCCGGUGAUGUGGAUGUCGCGCUCGACCCGGACGCGCUGGCGGCCUCGGGCGGCAUCAACAAGGAGGACCUGCGGCGCAAGUUUGAGGCGGGCCGCAGGGAGGAAGGUGUCGGUGCGCAGUGGCAGCGCACGGCGUACGAGGAGGACCUGAUUGACAUGAUUGCGCAGGAGAGCAGGAAGAAGCAGAGGCGGGAAGAGGAGAGGAGGGGGGAGAGGGCGAAGGGGAGGAGGUAGGGUGAUAAAGGUGUCGAAAUUGUAUGUGGGAAUAUAGCGAACCGCAGAUGGGUUGUUAAUGGCAUGACUGGGGCGUUCAGGCGCGUCGGUUUCUGGCAGAUGGACGGGUAGGUGGAUAGUUCCGUUUGGUCCUUCAACACGGAAUGCAGUGGAGUGAAGAUUUAAUUCUCCUGAUGACGAGUUUGUAAAGUCCAUCCGUCUUGCCAUUUGGUGGCGCUGAGGUCAAGGUCUAGGUCUGCAUUUGUCUAGGGGUGUGCUUGGCCAGAAAGGUAGAGAGAAUCUGUCAAUGUAGGGGACCCAAAUCUCGGUCUGCCAAAUAAGUUGUGUAGAUGUUCCCUUGGAGCAUAAUCACG